GCCGCCCAGCGGCGCAUCAGUUUCUGAGCACGACGUCGACGCCAUCCUCUGCGCACCCAAAGCCUCGACAACGGCCAAACGAACCUCCGGCGCCCGUUCCCUUCUGGCUAUCGGCCACUCGCGCAAUCAAAGAGCCGGCCUCCGCAUUCCUUCCGGCACAGAGCUCGCACUGUCAGGCUCGCCAACAUGCAGAAUCCGAACGGUCCUCCGAUGGGCAUGCCCAUGCCAGGACCUAUGCCAGGGCAGCAGAUGCCCACGCCACAACAGAUCGCAGCAAUGCAGCAGCAGCUGGCGGCCGAGGCGGCAAAGCACGGAAUGUCGGUCCAGGACUUUGUCGAGCACAUCCGCCAGCAACGCAUGGCCCAGAUUCAGCAGAUGCAGCAGAUGCAGCAGCGCGCCCAGGCAGAAGGAGGUACCCCUCCUGGUCAAGGUCAACCUCAAGGCCCGCCAGGACAGCAGCAGGGCCCUCAAGGACAGGGUCAACCUCAGGGUCCCCAAGGCCAGCCCAGAGGACCGCCGCCUGGUGCCGUGCCGCAGCCGAUUCGUCCCGGUCCGCCCAACCCGAUUGCCAUUGCUCUUGCCGACUUUCUGCGGAAGCAGCCGCUCAAGCCCCGUGUGUCUAUCUUUAAUGGCGAGCGCAAGGAAAUGUUCAGAGUCAAACGAGCAUUGCGAGCACUACAAUCACCCGCGUACGCCAAAGCCCGAGCGAAGAACCCCGCGCUCCCCGAGAUCAGAGACCGCGCUUCUCUCGAAAACACAUUCAAGCUGCUGCCAAUGUCCAUGCUGGCGCUACGUGUCAGCCAAGUCGACCCACAUGCCGGCCAUAACCACGGCCCGGUCGCUCCGAAGAAGGGAAAGCGAGUAAAGGGACUGUGGACGGUCAAGAUUGAGCAGCAGCAAGAAGCGCACGACGACAUGUACUACAUAUGGCUCUACGAAGGCAGCCAGACCAUGCGCAAGGUGUAUGCAGUGCUUGCUCUGCUUGUCGUCUUCAUGCUCGUUCUCUACCCGCUGUGGCCGCUGGUACUGCGCCAGGGCGUCUACUACCUGAGUUGGGGUUUCCUCGGCUUGCUCGGCCUCUUCUUCCUCAUGGCCAUCUUCCGUGUCAUCCUGUUCUGCAUCACAUACUUCGCCGUGCCUCCUGGGCUCUGGCUGUACCCCAACCUCUGGGAGGACGUUUCGUUCAUGGACAGCUUCAGGCCGGUGUGGGCCUGGCACGAGACUGUAAAGCCGAAGAAGAAGAAGUCCAAGAAGACGACCAACGCGGAGGCCAGUGCUCACUUUGCGGGCACCACUGGACAAGCCGCUCCCCCCAGCGCGAUGACGACGGCAACCGAGACCCAGAUGCAGACAGGCGGCGAGCUGCAGCAGAGACCGGGGUACGUGGCACCACAGGUGGAGGAGCUGGCGGAAUAGAAGCAUACCAGAGGACGUCUGGCAUAUAUGAAGAAAAACUUGCCUACUAUGGUAGUCAGUACAAAUGCUCACUCAAAGGCGCAUGGGCGUUGGGGGUACAAAGGUUAC